GGCGCCCGGCACCGAAUUCUUGCCCGCUCGAGUCGGGCCCGAUGAGCCGCUUGCCGCAUGCUGUGGUAUGUGCUCGUCUUGCAGACGGUGUGCUCCCAGUGGGCCAACAGCUCUCUAGAGAGGCUGGCGUUGGACUCACAGGACAUCGUGCUGCAUCAAGGAAGAUACUACUACAAUGACACCCGCCGGCUCCAGACCAUCGAGCUCUCCCUACAGGAGGACUGGGAUUUUCCAGUGGGCACUCGCCUGCAAUUCCAAUCCUUCUUGGACGACCAGGCCUUUGGCAGCGGCGCCGCUGCCGCGGUGGGGAUUUCGGUGCUGGCGGGCUACAAAUAUAGCUCUGUCCAGAUCGAAAUGCCGGAUGUCUACGAGUUCAGCAUCGACCACGCGGAGGCGGUGGUGAAGUUGGUCUACUCCGACGCCACGCGGGGCUCCUGCGAGCGCUCGGACUACAACGUUCCCAUGGCGCUCACGCAGAACAGUUCCACGGGCUCCAGCUUGGGACCAUCACCCUUGGCGUCGGGGGCUGUUCUGAGGACCCCCCAGGGAGGGACCAAUGUGCUGUACCGCCUGGUGGAGUUUCCUCACCUCACCUUCAUGAAGGGCGGCACCUUCCGGCUGUGCUACUCCCCGGACGGCACCUUCUUCGGCGACGAGUGGAAGAACAACAUCGUGCCGGUGGAAAUCACCGUGCUGGGCGUCGCCUCCGACUGCUUGUCGGACGGCUGCCUGGCCAACGAGCGCUGGGACUGCUACUUCUCCUACGCGGGCGAGGACGUGGCCAGCUGCCGCAUCGACUUCCGGCUCUAUGGGGGCGGCCGCGAGGGCUGGACGGUGCAGCUGGCCGGCGUGAGCCGCGUCUCCUGGUCUGAGGCCUGGGGAGACGACAGCUUCUUCGACGGCCAGUUCGUGCCGGCUCCCCGCAAGGAGUGCUCCAAUGUGGUGAGCUUCGAGUACAUCAACCCCGAGACGGCGCUCUUCGAGUCCUUUACCUGGGCGCCCCCCGACGGCAGCGGUCUGGAUGCCGAUGGCUCCACUGCGGCGUCGCUGCCGAGGG